AUGGCCAUUCGUAGAAAAGUUCCAUUACGAAGGCGUAUUCCCUCAGUUUUUAUUGAGAAACAACCACAACAGGAAGAAGAAAAGCAAGUAAAGAAAAAAUCAUCAUUAUGGAAAAUAAAGUUGGAAGAUUUAAUGAAUGACAACCAUGAGUGUGGGAAUUAUGAUGCUGACAACCUUUACUCUAAAGAUGAAGGCUAUUAUAGUGGUAGGAUAAAAAUAUUAAAAAGAAAUCAUCAUAAUGGCGACUUUCGUUAUGGAAUCGAUAAAGAUUUCAUCAAAAACGGUAAAAAAUCAGUUUCACAGUUAAUCCUAUAUUGGGAAAGUGUAUGGUUAUUGGGUUCAGGGAUUGCAAGUAAAUGUGCUGCGAAAUACGGAACCCUCGAUAUUUACUGUUUUGGCAUAUUUCAUAUAUUUAAAAUAAAUGCACUUUCUACAUUUCAAAGUUCAUUUCCUUAUAUUUCAAAGACCAAUAUACAAAGAUCACAUCCUGUUGCUGUGGUUGAUAGUGUAACUUUAAUGUAG